CAGCAACCCUGUGAGAGUAGGAAGAAGGGGUUUUCAUUACAGCACCGGUGUUUUCGCUGUGUUCUAACGUUUUUCUGUUAAUUUCCUCCUUUAAAAAAAUCGCAUUUUAUCACCAGUUUGUUUAUUUAUUUUGGUGUUUGGUGCAUUUUACAUCACUGAAAGUGCAGGAGUUUAUAUUUAUUUGUAACUUCACCAGCACAGAUCAAGGUCACGCGGUUAGAUGCACUCACACGUGGGCCGUGUAAGGGAUCACAGGUCUGUACAUUAUGGCAGGAUUGAUUAAUUUUGAGGACGAAAAAGAAGUGAAACAGUUCUUGGAUAAUUUGGGAGUGGAGUACAGCUAUCAGUGCUACAAGGAGAAAGACCCUGAAGGUUGUCAGAGGUUGGCAGAUUACUUGGAGGGGGUGAAGAAGAACUACACCCAGGCCGCUCAGGUUCUCAAGCACAGCUGUGAGAAUUACAGUCAUGGAGAGAGCUGCUACAAGCUUGGGGCCUACCAUGUCACGGGCAAAGGUGGGGUGACAGAGUGUCUAAAGAGUGCCUACUCCUGCUUUGUCAAGGCAUGUGAUACCAAAGGAAAGAAGUCAGUGGAUGCAUGCCACAACGUCGGCUUGCUCGCCCAUGACGGUCGAGCCUUAGAGGGCGGGCCAGACCCUGUGGCGGCUCGUCACUACUAUAAGAAAGCCUGUACGGGAGGGUUUGCUCCUAGCUGUUUCAAUUUGAGUGCACUAUACAUCCAGGGCUCAGCAGAAGUGAAUAAAAACAUGCCUAAAGCGCUAAAGUAUGCCAUGCGGGCCUGCGAGUUGGGCCACGUUUGGGGCUGCUCCAACGCCAGCCGCAUGUACAAACUGGGCGAUGGCACGGAGAAGGAUGAAGAGAAGGCAGAGAAGCUGAAGAACAGAGCGAAAGAACUUCACGGACAGCAGAAAGAGCGGCAACUGAAAUUCGGAGAGUGAGAGAGAGAGAGCGAGAAAACGCUCGAUUUAGUGUGAUAUUUGGGUUCUCGGUGAUGUGCUGCCCACUAUACAAGAUGUAGGAGUGUGUGAGAAGUGUCGCAGCAUUAUGUGUGUAUUGGGGGCGUGUUUAAGAAAUGUGCCAUUGCAUGUGAUUGGUUGUUGGUUGCAAACUCAGACAAAUGAUCUUGAUAUGUAUGAACAUGUGGGCAUUUGAACUUUCCAUUUGUAAAUCUGACAGUACUGUAUGGUAAUCGAGUUAAUAAAUGUGUUAUUUAUUGCACUAACACCACCAAAUGGCAUAUUGUUUGUUUAUCGUGGACUUGGAGUAACUUGAGGCAGGGGUUCUCAACAUUGUUUGACCCCUUCCAGUGGAAAAAACCCCCAAAGUCUAUGGACCUCCUAACGAUGAAAGCACUAAUUAAUACUUUGACCACAAUCCAACUGUGUACACUAUUGCAUUUAUUUAUUGGAGCCAUGAGAGUUGACGCUAUUCCUUAUUUAUUCCGGUGUUUCUGAGCAUUAGAUGAUAAACCAGUUCGAACUUCGAUUAUCUGUAAUGACGUUUAAGAAAGUGUGGCUCCCGCAGCUUUGCUUUACAGAACCCCACACUGGCACUUAAGGUACUCAAUGA